AUGGGAUUUUUAUCCGACGGGAAACAGCUUUCAAAGCGUUCAAUAAAAUACUGCGGAAAAUUGAUCCUUAUGUCAGUGGUGCUUAGGGAAAGCGGAGAUCGGCCAUUUUACUGUUUGUCUGUCCGACAACAAGGGACAAGGGACAAUCGUCCAGUGGAAGUGCUGCUCGGCUCACCGAUGGAGGUUAAGCUCGACCCCGUGUUCGACGCAAGCAAAAUAUGCAGGACUUGCUUGAACGAGAAGAACGAAAUGCGUUCGCUGUUUUUUCAGGACGAUUCCAUCGGGCACAGCUUGGCUUUGGCGGAUAUGUUGAUGCAGAUGGCCACUCUACAGAUAACAAACGACGACGGUCUUCCAACCCUAGUCUGCUUAGAAUGCUACCACCAAAUAAUCAGCUCCUACACAUUCAAACGAUUAUGCGAACAGUCGGACUGCAACCUGCGCCAAUACUUAGGCAAACCGCUCAUCACCAAACAAAUGAAGGAGGAACCUACACCGCCGCCUCAGCAGCAGCAGCAACAAAACGACUACUCCUUAUUGGACAGCUUCGGCAUGGACUCCAGCUCCAGCGAAAGUUCCGACGACGACGAUUAUUUCUUGAUGCCCACCACUGUGCCCGACAACCCCGCAGACGAGAAAGCUAUUGCGCAGAAGCAGUUGCUGAAGGCCGCCAAAAUGCAGAAAGGGAAGAUGGGCAAAAGGAAAAUGAUGUCGAAGAACAACGGAAACGGUGCGUUAAUGUCCUCCAAGAAACUGUUGAAACGCAACACCAACCAGUGCAACGUGUGCAAAAAACAGUUCGUCAACAUGAAGUCCUUCAGGAAGCACCUGAGGACUCACAUAGAAGACAGGCCCUUCAAGUGCAAACUGUGUCCGAGGGGAUUCACCGAGGAAAACUACCUCAACAACCACAUGAGGACCCAUGUGCCGGACGAACAAAAACCGCACGAGUGCAAGACUUGCAACAAAAGAUUCAUACAUCCGACUUUGCUCAGCAAACACAUGCUCAAGCACAGCGGAGAGAAGCCGUUUGUCUGUAAAAUAUGCAACAAAGGUUGUUACGCUGAAAACAGUCUUCUAAAGCACAUGAAAAUCCAUGAAAAAAAAGAAGGGGACCCGGCUUUGCUGAAACAUAUCUGCGAUUAUUGCAGGACCGAAUUUCUGGACGCCCAAAGCUUGUCGGUCCAUAUUAAACAGCACACUGGAGAUAGGCCGUUUGUGUGCACCACUUGCGGCAAGUGCUUCCCUCAGCGGUUCAAUUUGGACCUACAUUUAAGAACGCACACAGGCGAAAGACCCUUCCAAUGCGAGAUAUGCAAAAACGGUUACGUGUCGAAAGCGAGCCUGAAAAUCCACAUGAGAACGCACACGAACGAAAGGCCGUUCGUGUGCGACACGUGCGGAAAGGCCUUUAGACAAUCUGGGGACCUGACGAGCCAUAGAAGACUGCACGGGACAGAGAAGCCCAUCGAGUGUACUCAAUGUCUCAAGAGUGAUAGUGAAAGUGAUAUUAGUGAAUGCCCUGAUCCUCCUGAUCCGGAAGGGUCGACAUCUACAUCGGAAAAAGUCGAAGUAUCACUUAGUGAUUGUCCCGAUCCUCCUGAUGCUGGAGAAUCGACAUCCACAUCGGAUAAACUCGGAUCGAUCACGGAAAAAUCUAAAGCGGUCUACGAAAAGGUCUAUACAGUCUACAAAAACUGGUGUUACGAAAAAAAUUACACCGAAACCACCGAAGAGGUUCUUCUGGACUAUUUCGAAGAAUCGGCCGCCAACAGUAAGGCGUCAACUUUGUGGACCAGAUAUUCCAUGAUUAAAGCGGUGACAAACUUGAAGGAAAAUAUUGACAUCGGAAAAUACUCCAAGUUAAUAGCCUUUUUACGGGGUCAAAAUGGCACUUACGAGCGAAAAAAGGCGGCAGUUUUUACGCAGAAGGAAAUAACCAGAUUUAUUUUGGAAGCACCGGAUGAUAUAUAUUUAUCCAAAAAGGCUGUUCUUGUGAUUGGAAUUGCGGGCGCCUGCAGUACCGAGGAACUGAUACAUUUAAAAUUCGAUGACUUAGAUAAUCGCGACGACAUAAUAAUUGUCAAUAUCUCUUUGAAGGGCAAACAUGGCGCGACGAGAAAGUUCGUCAUUGCCGAUCCCCUAUGGGUGGAAACUGUAACGAAAUACACGUCCAUCCGCCCCACUCCAAACAUGGAGAAACUGUUUAUCGGGCUGCGAAAUUUCAAGCCCACCAAGCAAAAUAUCGGGCACAACACGAUCAGUGGCGUGCCAAGAGAGGUGGCCAAGUUUUUGAAUUUGGAAAACUUGCACCUCUACACUGGACACACUCUAAGAAGAACUUCGAAAAGCACCUUGACGAAAAAUGUGGAUAAUAAAGAUUAUGAAGAGGACUUUGGACAAGUUUCACUGGAUUACAGUAGUUGGAGUCCAAAAUCCAUCAGUUCAGAUCAUUUUGAACAACUGUCAAAUCCUGCAGAAGUGAAAGGCAACAUGUGGGACCCUGAACCUUCCACCUCGACUUUCAUGGAAAAUUGUUCCGACGAAAUUUCGCAUUCUGUACAAGUUGAUAGUGAAAGUGAUAUAAGUGAAUGCCCUGAUCCUCCUGAUCCUGACGUGUCAACAUUUACAUCGGAAAAAGGCACUAUCACGGAAAAAUCCAAAGCGCUCUAUGAAAGAACCUACGCAGUCUACAAAAAUUGGUGUGCGGAAAAAAAUUACACUCACACCACGGAAGAGGUUCUCCUAGACUAUUUUGGAAAAGCGGCCGCCAAAAGUAAGGCGUCAACUUUAUGGGCCAGAUUUUCCAUGAUUAAAGCGAUGACAAACAUGAGAGAAAAUAUCGACAUCGGUCAAUUCUCCAAGUUGACGGCAUUUUUAAGGGGGCGAAAUGGCACCUACGAGCCAAAAAAGGCGGCAGUUUUCUCGCAGGAAGAAAUAACCAGGUUCAUUUUGGAAGCACCAGAUGCUGUAUAUUUAUCCAAAAAGGCUGUGCUUGUGAUUGGAAUCGCGGGCGCUUGCAGAAGAGACGAACUCAUAAAUUUGAAAUUCGACGACUUGGAUGUCCGUGACGAUAUAAUAAUUGUCAAUAUUCCCUUGAAAGGCAAAAAGGGCUCGACGAGAAAGUUCGUUAUUGUCGAUCCGCUGUGGGUGAAAGUUGUAACGAAAUACGCAUCCAUUCGCCCCACUCCGAACAUGGAGAAACUAUUCAUCGGGCUGCGAAAUUUGAAACCCACCAAGCAAAAUAUCGGGCGCGAUGCGAUCAAUGCCGUACCGAGAGAGGUGGCCAAGUAUUUGAAGUUGGACAAUUUGCACCUCUACACCGCGCAUACUCUGAGAAGGACUUCGAAGAACACACUGACAAAGAGCAUAGAUUUUAUGUCCAUGGGGAAGAAAAAUAAAGGGAAAAGAUCCACCGAGGACUUUGGACCUUUGGAACACGUAUCACUCCCUGUUAAAGUCGAAUACGAUGCUUGGAGUCCAAAAUCUACCACUUCGGAUUAUGAGGAAAAUUAUUUUGUGCAAUUGUCGAAUCCUGUUAAAUUGGAAGGCAACAAUUGGGACUCCGAACCGUCCACCUCAACUUUUAUGGAAAAUUGUUUUGAUGAAACUUCACAUUCUGUUAAGUUGGAAGAUUAAAAUUGUACUGUAUGUUAAUAUUAGCAUUAUUAUAUUUAAUUGUUAAUUUAGUAUUAUAACGGUUACAUUUUGUACAAAUAAUAUAGCAAGUAAGCAAAUAUGUACUUCUUUAAGUUAUUUUUAAUAAAUUAUUUAUUUAAUAAAAUAAGAAA